AUGCAGUCACUCCACAAAGUCCCUCAAGGACACAGGACGGCCUUCUCUGUGGAAGACAUCCUGGACCCCGGCAAGUUCACAGGCAACACCAGGGACCGCCCCACAGCGUCUGUACAGAGAGAGGAAAGCGGGGAGAAACAACAUCCGGCGGCCGAGCACCAGAGGUCAAAGGUGAGCGGCCGGCGCGUGCGCACGGCGUACACGCUGGAGCAGCUGCACGCGCUGGAGCUCAGCUUCCGGCGCUGUCACUACCUCUCCGUGCUGGAGCGCCACGCCGUGGCCGCCGCCUUGCAACUGUCCGAGACCCAGGUCAAGAUCUGGUUCCAGAACCGCCGCACUAAGUGGAGGAAGGAGCGCCCGCCAGGAGGGGAGGAAGAGAACGCCACGUGGGCCUGGCAGACCCCCGCCUUCGCCCCCUUCUGUUGCACGCCGCUGCGCCUCUUUGUGCCGCCGCCGCCCGCCCAAAACCGGUUUUAUUGCUGAUGCGAGCAGACGGUCACGUGACCUAUGGACUCUCCUCACCCUGUGAUCGUAUCAUGACUUGAAUAGGAUUAACUUAUUUUGAAU